ACCACUUUCGGUACGUCCGGUUUUCAGCCCUUCAGCUCGAAAGGACGUCAGACAGACAUAAGAUUUCAAUUCCUGCGGGUAGCCACUCGUAAUUCGAUGUAGACUGUAGCAGGCCCUGGUGGCCUAGGAACAGACUGGUUGCCUGCAUGUGCCUUUCUGAUUAUAGACCUGCUAUUUGCAUUUGAUUACCGACUCUCAGGUUGCAUAUAUCCUCUCCUCCGCUGGUGGACUCGAUUGCACCUCUUGCCACAGCGUUUCCAACCUCCGUCCACCAGCUACACCGCGAACUUUACCAUGUCGGAACUCGAGUCCCGGUUCGUCAAGCGUGGGUAUUGGGUCAACCUGGCCCAAGGCCCAGUCAUGGGACAGACAAUCACGACGGAUGCCAGAACGGGUGCCAUAGUCGUUGCCAUAUUGGCCAUAGUCACGGCCCUAGGAAUGACCCACCUCUGGCAUCUUUUGACUUUCUUCUACCACCAGGUGCGCGCCAAUGGACGACCACGCGAUGGGCUCUUUCGGCAUCAACAGGCUGUUCUACGGACCCUCCCCUCUCCGAGCUCCUUGAUGGCUGACUCGGUGAAACUCUGGUAUGCCUGGAGAGGCAUCAGCGACCACGCUUUUGCUCGAUCGUUGUUACAGCUCUCUGCGGCUCUAAUCUUCGCAUUGGCCUCCCUGGCCGUCAGUAUAUUCUCAUCGUCCGUGGUCACUAGCACGAACCUCGAAGUCUUAGUGAACAGCCCGCAUUGCGGACGUAUCACAUAUGACAAAUCAGAAGGUUCAGCGCCCUGGGAUAGUUACAGACCCACAGUCUACGCAGCUGCGGAGUCCUACGCGCCGGAUUGUUAUCAGAAUGGCAGUCUACCAAGCAAGUGCAACAUUUUCACACGGCCAAACAUCGCCUUCAGCACGGAGACGGUGCCGUGCCCUUUCAACGACAGCAUGUGCGCCUCACCUGCAAUUGCACUGGACUCCGGCCUCAUCGACAUGAACGAUGCUUUUGGAUUGAACCUCCACGAGGCCGAUCGCAUGAAGUACCGGAGACGGUCCACAUGUACGGUACUUCCACUCGAAGGCUACACACGGACCACGAACGAGUCUACAGCGACCAUGGAAGAUGGAACUCCGUGGCCGGGCGAGCAAAGAAUUGAGUAUCUCUACGGCAGCCGCCCAGGCGUGGAUCCACCUCUGGAUUUGGCUUUCGGCCAAAGCACGCUACUCUCCAACACGACUAGCACAUACGAGCAGAUGGGAGAUAUCGCAUACGGGUCCUUCCCCGACGAUACCUUUGUGCUCCGACCUGAACUUCAACGACCGGACGCCGACGUCGCACUGAAAUUGGUCAUGAAGAACAAGGUCAUGUACUACAAGCCCGUCGACGAUCCACUGUUUUUAGCACAUCGGGAGAAGAAAUCACUCUACAGCCAGGGGUGGCAAACACGGUAUCUAUCGGACUUCCCUGGGUCAGUGGUAGGGUGCGCUCUGCAGUAUCAAUUCUGCGUCAGCAACACAUCUUGUACCAACCUGACAGGCACGCUCCGAGGCGAGGCCAUCGACAGUUUUCCUGGGGCAAGCAUAACGCAGAAAACCGUCCUAUCACUGCUCCAACACAUCAACGUUGUAGCCCUGCUCAUUGCGACAAAACGUUUCGAGGCCAAUCGGUUGAUGAAUUCGGACAACGAAAUACCAGCUCUUCCAGACGAUCAGUGGAUCAAGGAGCUGCAGGGAUGGGAAGCCUUUGUUUGGGCGAGCCAUCAGAUCAUUAUCACAGACUACGCUGUUGGGCCCGGUGUGAGGUCGCCGCCUACGCACAAAUAUGUCGUUCCUCCCUCGGACGAUGGCGAGGUCAAGCUGUGCAGCAAGCAGAAGAUGCGCAAGCCUGGCGGUUUCGUUAACAUCAACUUCUUCGGCCUCGUCUUCACCCUCGUGGUAUCCAGCGUCAUCGUCCUCACAGACGUAGUCCUCCUCCGCGUCCUCAUCUACCUCAGCAAAUUCAGAAAGAGCAUGGCACCGCGCCUCGACCGCUGGAUCCAGGACGGCAUCUUCCAGCUCCAACGCCGCGCCCAUGAAGCGCAGGGGAAUGGCGUGUGGAAAGACCUCGCUGAUGAUGUACCGGUGACGGUGGAUAAUACGAAGCUCCCGGAUUUGCUGCUCGAGACUCUGGGUGAGACCGAGUAUGCGAUGGGGAGGCGUGUUGAUAGUGCGAAGACGGCGGUGGAUUCGACGGGUGAGUGUGAGAUGACGCCGGAUAUGAAGAAGGGAGCUUGGGAGAGUGAGUAUGAGGUCAAGAGUCUGGGCGAAGUGAGGACGGGUAGUCUGGAUAUACAGGCGGUUGCACCUCUAUCUCACGAUUUGGAAAGGACGGGUAUGUAGAGAUACUAAACGAUUAUUUAUUUGCUGGCAGUUGUACAAAAUCUGAAUAAUAAAGGGAGGCACACCUCUAUAACGAGUAUUUCAU